CAACAUUUAGUAUGAACAGAGAUGAAGAUACUUAAACACUCAGAGGAUUGGAUAUUACUUGCGAAGGGAAAUGCUAAUUAUGUAUAUCAGUAUAACGGUUCUGAUAGUUCGCUGAGUGAUAAGGUACUACGACUUCGAAUGAAGAACCAAACCAUAACAACAGAGCAGGUUUACAAGUUCAUGACAGAAACCAUGUGCCACAUGCUUCCCGAAGUGGUUUCAGUCGAGUUGGUUCAGGUUGAAUUCAUGAAAGAGGGUGCAUUAAACGAAGGGUUUGGAUUACUGAUGCCAAACAUCCUAAAGAAUAUGGAAAAUGUAAAGAAGGGUAACUACUUUGCAGCUUACAGUACAGAACUUGACGAUAUGUCAGUGCUGGAAAUAAAACCAAAGUGGUUGAUAGAAACAAGCUAUGGAUGCCGAAACUGCAUUCAUCAUAGACAUAAGCAUGGCGUAGAACCAUUGUUCUGUUCAAGGGAUUUAACAGAUCGGCGGAAAAUCCAUGACGUUUCACUCAAAUUGGCUCAUCAUUCCACCAACGUUCAAAUUGCACUGGAAGAGUAUCUCUUAUCUGAGAACAAUGUUUUCCACAGGAUAAUGAAACUCCAGGAUCCUGAGUUCACUAUGAAUGGAAUAUACAGUUUAAGAGAUGUUACGGAGGACCACUGUUUACAGAUGACGCUAAGAGACGUCACCGUUUUCCUCAGGUUUGAUGGAUCCUCGUUCAUAGAAGCUGUUGUUACCGAUGUGGAUCCCAAAUCGCCUCUCAAAUGGGACAAAUGGGUUAAAACUGAACACCAGUUGACGAAACAAUCUCUAGGAUGA